AUGAUGAUGAUGAUGUUGCAGCACUUGGUGAGUAUGGGGAGGCUCAUUAUGACGGUGCUGCGUACCUUGCCCGAUGCUUUUCGAUACAUUGACAGUUUGGAGAAGCAGGACGACUUGGUGUCCAAGUCGGAGUUCUCUACCGCUUUUGACGUGGCCGCGACAGAGUUGUCCAUUUUCCCGUACUGUGUGUGGCUGCAUUCGCAUUUUUGGAACAGCAGCCAAGCAUGGGACGCCAUGGCAGAAGGCCAUGAUCUGGACAAGUCCAGGUGGGGAGUUGUGUGGCUCUCCUAUGAGCCGCCUUUCAACUUCACGAAGCCUUCGGCCAAGCAGUCCUUCCUGUUCUUAGAUGCCGAUGACGACGGAGUUCUCACGAGAACCGAGUUCGACUCCAUCUUUCACUACUGUCACAAUACACCAUCUCCCAUACCAGAACACGGUAACACCUCAGAGCCCUACAGGUUCACUACGGACCUCCCUACCACAACUCUCCACCACACCACUACGACAACGAGCAGCCGAGCACCCUCUCACUGCUGCGCAGAAGUGUCAGCGCAGUGCUUGUCUUGCAUUGCUGGGAUCACUGCACAGGAGCUGUGCUCUCGCAACUCUAUGAGUCUGAUUCCUGGCUGCAAGGGGCCUGCAUCGACUCUUCAUGUGCAGGCUGCACCUGGUGACCCCCACCAAAAUGCAGAGCACACUACCUCCCUGCCGUUGCACUAUGUUCAGGAUGGUGCUGGGUCACGACAGUGCCCGCAGCUCGGAGUCGCAUUCUCACCCGCACUUUCGGGCCAGAACCAGAGCACAGAGGACGGCCUCGCGGCGUGUCAGGCGAGAUGUGUGCGGACCCUGGGUUGUGGCUACUUUACAUACUGGAGGAACUCCAGCAGUUGUGAGCUGCACCCCAUCGCUGCUUCCGGCCUACCGCAGCCUGAGGCAGCCGGAGGACCCGCUGUCUGCGUGGCCCGGUUCAAGGCGCGGAUUGCCUCGGUGGUUUUUUCUCGACUGCUAAAAUCUCAGCUAGGCAGCCUUCAUGCAAGCCUUCCAGAAGCUCUUGCCCACCACUUUGGCACCCCCGUAUCUGAGGUCCAGGAUGUCGGUGGGAAGCCAGCUGCAGUGACCUUGCUGCCUGGAAGCCUUCUGGUGGAGGGAAAGGUCCUGCUUCCAUCUGGCGCUGCCGUUCGAGAUGUGGCUGACAAGUCAGCCUAUGACCAAAAUGGAGGACUCCGAAAGAAUGUGGCAAACGCGCUGCUGGCAGCAAACGUCCCGUACAUGGCCAGCGGUGAUCCUGUGGCAAAUCCAGAGGAGGCAAUUCCCAUGACAUUGGCCAUUACAGCAGAUCCGAGCUGCUUUGUGGAGGGUGUUGACUUCCUUGCCGGCCACCAGGAGGUAGCUGCUCAGAAUGCGCCAGAGUGCCAGACCAAGUGCUACGAAGCUGGUAACUGCACUAUCUUCAGCUACUACAGGGCCACGAAGCAGUGCCGUUUGACAGGAGCAAACGCCUCUUCUGCCUCGCCCAAUGAGGCAGCGGUUUCUGGUCCUGCGAGAUGCGCUUUCAUACCUGCAGCAUCCGCGCGCGAGGCAAAUCCAGCAGGCACCGACGUGUUAGCACUGGUCCACGAGUCGCCCUGGUUCUACCAAGCACUGGCCGGCUUAGUGCUGUUUCUCCUCGUUGUUCUCACGUUCUUGGGAUGCUGGUGCGAAAAGAAAGAGAAGCGCAAGCGAGGAAAGGAAGCCAAAUGGCACGGCAAGGCGCUGUACUUGCCUGUUGCCAGCGAGGAGGGUGAGGGCCAAGAGCGGCGAGCUCGAGAAGUCAGCAGGGAUGGGCCAGACACUCAACCUCAUGGAGGGCACGUUGCAGACCCGCGACUUGCGGCCAAAGAGCCUCUGGCCCUCGGUUUUCGUGGCGCGGACAUCUUGUCCUGGAGGCAAAAUGGGCAACCCAUGUGA